AUGGACUGGCUAAUUGAGCCGAAAAGAAACGAUCAAGUAUGGGCAAACGACGAGAAUCCUGUAACGAAAACUGUUCAUGAACUGAAAUUGGAAAAGAAAUGUGCUCGGCUGACAAGAGAGAACAAACAAUUGAGAAAACAAUUAAAGGAUGUAAAACAGAAACCUGUACGAGUAAAAAAGUACGGAAUUCAUUUUCGCAACAAGAGCCGUAAUCAGAAGACUAUCGACGAAUUUUUGGACAAGCAGGGAUGCAAAAAUGAAGUCGCAAAAGCCCUCGUGAAAUUACAAUUGAAAGGCGAGAACGCGCAUUAUACGUCCGAAGAGCGAGAUUUGGCGAAAAUGAUAUUUUACAAUUCUGCGUCGACCUACAGUAAACUGAGGAAGAGCGGUUGUCACCUGCCAGCUGAGAGCACAGUACGGAGGUGGAUCUCUGUCUAUAAUUUAGAAACCGGAUUUUCAGAUGAUGUGUUUCAUAAAACGUCAUUUACUGGAACUACCAGUCCAGGAAAGAUUAUGCGCCCUGAAAUGGGAUGA